GUGUGUCGGCGGUGCGGUGCGCCCAGGGGAGACUUCCCGGUCGGCUGUGGCGUCUCUGCCUUGGGCUAGCGAUCAACUGGGAACAAAGCUACUAUGAGUCUGUUAAACUGUGAAAACAGCUGUGGGUCCAGCCACUCCUCAAGUGACUGCUGUGCUGCCAUGGCCACCUCCUGCAGUGCUGCAAUGAAAGAUGACAGUGUGAGUGGCUCUGCCUCCACGGGGAACCUUUCCAGCUCCUUUAUGGAAGAGAUCCAGGGAUAUGAUGUGGAGUUUGACCCACCUUUGGAAAGCAAGUAUGAGUGCCCCAUCUGCUUGAUGGCUUUACGGGAAGCGGUGCAAACACCAUGUGGCCACAGGUUCUGCAAAGCCUGCAUCACCAAAUCCAUAAGGGAUGCAGGUCACAAGUGCCCAGUCGACAAUGAAAUACUGCUGGAAAAUCAACUGUUUCCUGACAAUUUCGCAAAGCGAGAGAUUCUUUCCCUGAUGGUGAAGUGCCCAAAUAAAGGCUGUUUGCAAAAGAUGGAACUGAGACAUCUCGAGGAUCAUCAAGUACAUUGUGAAUUUGCUCUAAUGAAUUGUCCCCAAUGCCAGCAUCCUUUCCAAAAGUGCCAGUUUAAUACACACAUUAUCGAGGAUUGCCCCAGGAGACAGGUUUCUUGUGUAAACUGUGCUGUGUCUAUGGCAUAUGAAGAUAAAGAGAUCCACGAUCAGAGCUGUCCUUUGGCAAAUGUCAUCUGUGAAUACUGUGGUACAGUCCUCAUCAGAGAGCAGAUGCCUAAUCAUUAUGACCUAGACUGCCCAACAGCUCCAAUCCCUUGCACAUUCAGUGUUUUUGGCUGUCAUGAGAAGAUGCAGAGGAAUCACUUGGCCCGACACCUGCAGGAGAAUACCCAACUGCACAUGAGACUGUUGGCCCAGGCUGUUCAUAACGUAAACCUCGCUUUGCGGCCGUGUGAUGCUUCCUCUCCGUCCCGUGGAUAUCGUCCAGAGGACCCAAAUUAUGAGGAAACUGUCAAACAGUUGGAGGGUCGCCUAGUAAGACAGGACCAUCAAAUCCGGGAGCUGACUGCCAAAAUGGAAACUCAGAGUAUGUAUGUAAGCGAGCUCAAACGAACCAUUCGAACCCUCGAAGACAAAGUUGCUGAAAUGGAAGCACAGCAGUGUAAUGGGAUUUACAUUUGGAAGAUUAGCAACUUUGGGAUGCACUUGAAAUCCCAAGAAGAAGAAAAGCCUGUUGUCAUUCAUAGCCCUGGAUUCUACACAGGCAAACCUGGCUACAAGCUGUGUAUGCGCCUGCACCUUCAGUUACCAACCGCUCAGCGCUGCGCAAACUAUAUAUCCCUCUUUGUCCACACAAUGCAGGGAGAAUAUGACAGCCACCUCCCCUGGCCCUUCCAGGGUACAAUACGCCUUACAAUUCUUGAUCAGUCUGAAGCAGUAAUAAGGCAAAACCACGAAGAGGUCAUGGAUGCUAAGCCAGAGCUGCUUGCCUUUCAGCGGCCCACAAUCCCACGGAACCCCAAAGGUUUUGGCUAUGUAACAUUUAUGCACCUGGAAGCCUUAAGACAGGGAACCUUCGUUAAGGACGAUACAUUACUAGUGCGCUGUGAAGUCUCCACCCGCUUUGACAUGGGUGGCCUUCGCAAGGAGGGAUUCCAGCCACGAAGUACUGAUGCAGGGGUGUAGCAUCCAUU